AUGCAAAAUGUUAAUCUAUUUUAUCAUGGACAACCAAGGUUUGCGGAGGCAGGGAUCUUGCUACGUGAUAGCUUUCAACGACAAGAAGAGCAAGAUACUAAGGAAAGUGGCCGAACCUUCAUUGUUCCUUCUCGAUUGAAAAAUGAUGAGAACGGCAGUGGCUUGAAAGUAAAGAAGGAUGAAAAACAGACGGUGUCGAUAUAUGUGACUCCAACAGAUUUUCUCCCUGAUGCUGUCUACGACAUAUUGGUUGUUGCUUUUGUUAAAUGGAUGAGGUUAAAGGGGAGAAAUGAACAUGCAGAAUUAUUUCGGAAUCGUAGUGACUUUGACUUAUACGAUGAUCAUCUGGUGAGAUUGGGCGCUGUUAAAAUCAAGAACAUGAACGUUUUAAAGCUUGAAAUAUCUCAUAGAAUUAUUGAAGAUAGCGAUGGCAAAUCUGAAAUAUCUGAACCGCAUCGAAAUGUCUGCAUAGAGGUAUUGGACUAUUUCAAGCAUCAACUGGAGUAUGUGUAUGAAACUUAUGAAGGAAUCGGCUACAAGUUGAGUGUCCUUUGCACUUCGUGUCAACCAGCGCUGCAACCUCAUUUUCAUGAUCUAAAGGAUUGUUUGAAGAAAGAGAAAACCUGUCUGUCUUAUUUGAAAGAAGAGUUCAUCGAGGAAACCAAAAAUUUCCAGAUAAUUCAGUCAUUGGUUGUCGACUAUGGGACCUGCAAAAUGAAAGAUUUCUUCCUUGAAAUAGUACAAAAAAGAAGCAGCUCUGUGCGUGAAUUCCUGAAAAACGAAAAGGAAAGCUUGGCGAAAUUAGAAAACUUUGAAGGUAAAGAUAAUAUGCUUUCACCAGAUGCUGACGUCAAUACUUUCAGCAUGUCAAUCUUGAUGACAUUGAUCCGCUUUUGCUUCCCAAAAUAUGAUGACUUAUGGAAGCAACCAGAUGAAAUAGCGAUGGAUGAUCAGCGCCUUGCAAAUCUCAUCCUCAUCCAGCAGUAUAAAAAUGACAAGUUGGAUCAGUAUACUACAUGUAGAAUACCAAUCAAGGUCUUUGAUGAAGAUAUAAAAACACUGGAAAACGUCUUUAGUGAACUUGAUUUGUUAUCCACAACAAUUGACAACAUGAAACAUAGAAAAGAUUUUGACAUUGUAGAAAUCAUAGAAAUUCGAAACUAUCAAACAGUUCAGUCACUUCUUGUCGACGUUGGGACAAAUGCGAUGAGGGAAUACUUUCUACGGGAUUGUAACCUAAACGCGGAAGGUGUUGGGGAGUUUCUGUCAAAUAAUAAGAGCAAAUUUAACAAAAUAAAUUUGUUACCAGAACAGAAGAAAAUAUUUGAGGGAGAUGCAGACAUUGAAUCGUUCGAUAUUUCAACUAUGAAUAAAAUCAUUAGCACAUGCUGCAACAAUCCUCCGGUUUCUUUCAACCGUUUAUGCAAAUAUAGAAAUAACCUUGCACACCCAGCCCGAGCACGGAUGUCGGAAAAGGAGUUUGAUAAAGUUUGGUUAUAUCUGACUGAUAUAUUGAAAAAUGUUGGAGUGCGUAUUGAAGAAAUCGAUAAAUAUAAACAACUUAGAGUACAGCUCUUUUCUUAA